AACAUUUGUCAAACUUUCACACAAUAUCUGGGUCACAAUCCCAUAAAAUAACCAGAAAUAAUACAACUUAAAAAUCUAGUUAGGAUUUUCACUUAUAUAUUUAAGACACACGGUUGCAUACUUCGUUACGCGAUAAAAAAAUGUUUCGUUUAAAAGUAUUUCGCAGUCCCGGAGACCUAUUAAGCACUUUAAUCUGCGGAGCGACAACCGAGAGCUGCAGGAGCACGGCAAUAUCUUGCCUGGAGUUGCAACGUUCUCCCACGGUCGCCGCCUGCUGGAUCUGGAUGCGGUUGAUUAGUCAAUAUCAGUUCAGGACCACAAAACCGGCCUACUAUCCAGAUCGCCAGCGGGAGGCGAAGCGAAAUGCAGCGGGAGCCGCGCCUCAACAGGUGUCAUCUCCGGCCGUUAAGGCCUCUCAAAGCCGAGGCAUGCCCAAGGACUACUACUACAAAGUAUUGGGCGUCAACAGGCACGCCACCAUCCAGCAGAUCAGAUCAGCCUUCUAUGCGCUAGCCAAGCGUUAUCAUCCCGACUCCACGCACUCGGAACAAAAGCUGAAGCACUUCCAGGAGCUGUCCAACGCGUACAACAUCCUAACGGACGAGACGAAACGUUUGGAGUACGAUCAGCUGGGCGGGAUUAAGGAUGAGCGCGCUUUUCUCGAACAGGCGGGCAAUCCCAUGAAUGUGAGCACCGAGGAGGUCAAGAAGUUCGAUUCGGAUAAGACGGUAAAUGACGAGAUAAACAAACUGAAGACCAACGAGUUCGAUCUUCCACUUGAAUUCCUUGAAGCGGCAGUGGGAUGCAAGAAGCGGAUAGAGCUGCGCUACCUGCGGAAGUGCGAGACCUGCAAGGGCAAGUCCCAACUGAUGGCGCAUCGGGAUGUGGGCAAGGAGCCCUGCCGGCGAUGCAAUGGAACUGGAAAGGUAACGACCAAAACGCCAACCUUCACAUCAGUGAACACUUGCACGCAGUGCAAAGGCAAGCGGUUCACGAAUCGCAACGACUGCGAAACCUGUUCGAAUCGGGGCUUUGUGAUUUCCAGCGUGGACGUUAUGGUCUCGGUGCCUUCCGGAUCCCGGGACGGAGAUGUGGUGAACCUUAUUAAUCCGGAAACCAAGCAGCAGGUCACCUACCGCUUGACGGUUCCAUGUAGCGACUAUUUCCGUCGCGUUGGAAAUGACAUUCUAACCGACAAGCACCUAAACAUCUCGGAGGCCAUCCUGGGCGGAUCCUUUCAGAUACGGAGUCUGUACGAAAGCGUGGAACUGCGGGUGGAGCCUGGCACCCAAUCCCAUACCCAAGUGGUGCUCAAGGGCAAGGGGGUACGCUCCAACGAGGGCGUGGGUAACCACAUCGUCACGCUAAAGGUGCGCAUUCCGCGAAAUCUAUCCGUAAAGCAACGCCAACUGGUUUUGGCCCUGUCCCAGGCAGAGGAUCCGGUUUUCGAGCCCAAGACCAAAGGCACGGAGACGGGCAAUUUGAGCCCCUAAAAUUCUCAAUGUACAGGCUUCAUUGCGGUUACAAUAUAUUGUUAAACACGAAUAUUGAUUGUUUGGUGUUGAUUUGCUUGGGUUGCCUUGCCUUUUUUAUGUUGAUGCCCC